UUGGCAUACACGUUCAUAAUAUCCCUCCUGCCUGUUGUUUACGCCGAGUAAACAUGUGGUAGCGCUGCGUGCACAGCAUAUGCAGGGCGCCCUUGAAACGACGCACAAGCUCGCACCGAAGCGUGAGCUUGCGCCUGGGGACCCUGACAGCGUUCGCGAGCGGCCUCCUACCAUGGGCGACGCUGACGCCGCCAUUGACACGCCGCGCUCCACCGCCGACGCGCCGCUGCUGAAGGCGCCCAAGGACAAAAACUGCCCCUUUUGCCAGCAGGCGUUCACGUCGAGCAGCCUGGGGCGGCACCUCGACCUGUACAUCCGCGCGAAGAACCCCAAGGCGCCCGACGGCAUCCACGCCGUCGACGAGAUCCUCAAGCUGCGCGGCGGCAUCACACGGCGGCAGGCCAAGGGCAGCAUCAGCCGGAAGCGCGAGGGCAGCAGCCAUGGCGGGGGCACGACCACGAGCACGCCGGCGCACGGCAAGCACAGUGUGGGCAGCGCGGGCAGCAGCACGCUGGUGCCGAGCCCGGACGCCGACGACAGCAACAGCGACAACGGGCUGGGGAUGACUGUGGACCUCGGCAAGACGCGCGGCCAGUUCAAGGACGUGAGCUGGGGCGGCAGCAGCAACCGCCAGCUGUCGGCGCGACUGGGCUCGCGGGCACCCGAGAUGCGGCGGGGCGCGAGCCGCCAGCUGCGCAAGCAGGAGCUGGGCCAGCGACAGCACGACCUCGACCGGCGACAGCACAACCUCGACCGGCGGCAGCGCGGUGGACACGACCUCGAGACGGCGCGGGCGGCCGAGCUGGCGCUGCGAGAGCUGCUGCGGAGCGUGCGGGACGCGAACGUAAAGGCCACGGGCUGCGGCCUCUUCGACUUUGACCCCUACACGCUGAGCUUUCCCGCGCUGUGUCUGCGCGUCCUGCCCGCGCCCACGACGCUCUUCUCGGCCCAGCCCUUCCCCACGGCCGACUCGUGGUCCAUUGCGCCGCCCGCGCAGAAGCAGCUCGACGCCCUCAACCGCUGCGUGCGCGAGCGCCUGCUGGCCCACCAGCGCCAGCGCCACAUCAACCAGGUCUACCCGCCCGCCGGGCCCGACCCCUCGCCCGCCGCCGCCGCCGCCGCCCACUCGCCGCUGCCCACCCCGCCGCUGGUCGACCCCGACCCGCAGCGCCUGUUCAACCACAUCGCCGACGCCUACAACCACUGGCAGCACCAGCCAGACCCCGCCCGCCAGGAGCUGUGGCAGAUUGAGGUCCUGCGCUGCUACGCCCGCGCCGCCGACGCCCGCCGCCACGCCGACGCACAGCUGGAGCAAGCCCGCCGCGAGCUGGACUACCUCAAGGCCGCGCGCUGGCCUGUGCGCGGGCAGGACCCCUCGCCCGUCACCAUUGCCCUCGGCGCCGAGACGGCACAGGAGCUGAGUAAGCAGAGCAUCGACUUCCGCAACUGGGACUUUGACCGCCUUGUCGACAAGUGGCGGCCCGUCGUGCGCGAGACGAGGCCGUCCGCCGCGGGCAUGGCCGCCCAGCAGCAGCUGCCCUCGGCCCCGAGCCCCGUCAAGAUGGACACGGGCAUGCCCUUCUCCGCCCCGGCCACGGUCAACGGCGAGAGCGACCACGUCGACGCCGAGGGCGACGACGACGACGACGAUGAUGGGCUCGACGACGACGACGGGCUCGACGACGACGCCAAGUACCAGCAGCCCCUCUCCAUGCCGCACCACCACGGCAUCCCGCUCCAGCCCACGCCCAUCCACCCCGCCCAGCGGCUGCACUCGAUGCAGGCCCCGAUGCACGUCUCCCAGGCGCAGGCACAGGCCUCGAUACAGGCCCACGCCCACGCGCAGGCACAGGCGCAGGCACACGCACAGGCUCAGGCCUGGGCCGCCGCCCGCCAGCACAUGAACCCCUCGCGCAACCAGAACUACAGCCCGCACCACCAGCAAAUGUCCCCACACCCCCAGCACAUGGCCUCGGCCGCCAACACUCGCCGCCCCUCGGUCGUCAUCAUGGACCCGCACGCCAUGAACACGGGCGGCAUGACCGGGCCCAUCAUGACCGGCAUGGAAGGCAUCGACGGCCACCAGGACCCGUACCUCGGCAUGGACAUUCCCAUGACGGGCUUCGUGGGCUCUAACGAUGGCGUGUCCAUGGGCUCGUAGGUCACAAUGACCAUUUGCCCCCACUCACUCUCCUCAUCACCAAACAAUCGACACUCGCACUUGCACUCGCACUUGCACUCGCACUUGCACUCACACUUGCACUCGCACUUGCACUCACACCCACACUCGCACUUG